CAGCACAGUGAGUGAUCAAUAGCAAUGUUUAUUCUGAUUACAUAAUAGUUACUGUAAUACCUCUACCAUGAGUGUGUUUUGCUCUGGUUUGAACUUUGAACACCAACGCACAAAUUCACAUACAGUCUUUGUUCUUGCCCGAUUGAUGUCUUUUGUAAUAUCUUCGUCAGAGCUCUAGGUGACAAAUUGUUCCCUGUGCCCACUGAAAUUUCCCUUUGUCCCUUUUAUAUUGGGACCUGUCAAAAGUCUAACCUAACUCACGGGACCUGUCGUGUACACACGGUGUAAAGUGGUGUGCCUGCAUGUCAGUAAGUCGACCUUUUGUCCAGGUAAUUAUGUUUACCUUCAACUGUACUUUCACCCCAACUGUGUCAGAGCCUAGUACAUUAUGUUUACCCACACUUUUUAAUAGGCCGUCGCGACACUGGGUAGGUCGGGACUCCAACAAGGCUCCUGUUGAGCCAAACUUUUCUUCCAGGUUGUUUUAAGGUCACCAAAAACUUUCGCCAUGCUACCAUUCGACGAGAUCCUGACCCGGUAUCUGGGGGAGCUGGGCUGGUACCAGUGGUGGGUGCUGUUCCUGAUGUGCUACGCCGAGAUGCCGGUGGGUUUUCACCAGCUCGUGGCUAACUUCCUCGCCGCGUCCCCCUCCCACCACUGCUCGGUACCAGGGCUGCAGACCUGGCGGGAGUGUCGGCCGAUUCCUGCCGCUUUGAACAUGAGUGUUCCCUGGACUGCGCUGGACGGCGGAGGCAGCGGUUAUAGUCAGUGUCUCAGUUCCACGGAGUUCUGGCAGACCCACUCCCCCGAGAGUCUGUCAGCCGGCGGGACCCUCAGCUGUGACCGGGGCUGGGAGUACGACUGUGAAACCUUCACUUCUACUAUUGUCACGGAGUGGGAUCUAGUGUGCAGUAACAAAGGUGUACGGCAACUGACCACAUCCCUGUACAUGGUGGGGGUGGCGCUGGGGGCUCUGGGGUUUGGAGACUUGUCUGACAGGAUCGGUCGCCGCUGGGCCUACCUCCUGUCACUGGCCAUCCAGUUUGCGUUUGGCGCGGCCACGGCGUUCUCUCCUAACGUGGUUCUGUUCAUCAUCUUCCGCAUGUUCGUGGGCGCGGCAACGUCGGGCGUCGUCAACACGUCAGCGGUCAUGGUUGCGGAGUUUGUAGGCCCCAGUGAGCGGGUGAAGGUGGGCGUGUUGCGGCCCGUGUUCUUCUCGGUGGGCGCCAUGAUCCUGGCCGGCAUCGCGUUCGGCGUCCGGGACUGGAGAGCCCUGCAACUCGCCAUCUCCCUACCAAACCUGCUCUUCAUUCCGUUCUACUGGUGGUGCCCAGAGAGUCCAAGAUGGCUGCUGUCACGUGACAAAGAGAAGGCCAAAGCACUGAUACAGAAAAUGGCGAAGAUGAACAGAGUUGACCUGCCUGAUCACGUGUUCGCAGACGAUCCAACCGAAGCCGAUGACACAAGGACGGAGACUGACGAGAAAAAGAAAGACGGGAAAGAAAAAGAAGAAACGCACAGAAGUUACACAUUUUUGGACAUUCUGCGGACGCCCAACACACGGAAAAGAAGUCUCAUCAUAUUCUUCAUAUGGUUUACCAACAACAUUGUUUACUACGGCAUCGCCCUGAACAUUACGGACCUGAGCGGGAGUGUUUACGCCAACUCUCUCCUAGGGGCUGCUGUGGAGGUUCCCGCGUACUUGACUCUUCUGUUCCUGCAAGAACGGUUUGGGCGGAAGCUGCCAGUCUUUGCGUACCUCCUGCUGACCGGUAUUGGUCUCAUCAUCACAGCAGCUUUGCCUGCCGGUCCCGGCCGUGUAGCAGUAGCCAUGAUCUCCAGGUUCUGUAUCACCGGCGGCUUCCAGAGCACCAUGAUCUACACUGUGGAGCUGUUUCCUACAGUCACACGAAACAUAGGCAUGGGGUUCUCGUCCACGGCAGGAAGGAUAGGAUCCAUCGUGUCUCCGUUCGUAUGGCUGUUGGCUGACCUGUGGCGGCCCGCGCCGUACAUCCUGUUCGGCGUGAUGACGGUUCUGGCCGGGCUGCUCUGCAUGCUGCUGCCCGAGACCAAGGGCCAACAGCUGCCGCAGACACUGGAGGACGGGGAGGAGUUCGGGAAAGGGUGA